AUGGUUAAUCCCAUGGAAGAAGCCAUUGUGCGGUGCAAGACCACUGCUGGAACCUUCACCCUGAAACUCAAUCGGAUUUGGUCUCCCAACGGAUACGACCGUGCGGUGGAACUCUUCGAACGAAAGUUCUACGAUGGAUCGCACUUCUUUCGAGUCGUCAAGGGAUUUUUGGUACAGUUUGGAAUUUCCUAUUCGGAAGAUAAGGAGCUGCAAAAAUUUGCAAAAUCGACAAUAAAAGAUGACCCUCCGAAAGGAAUCAAGUUCAAGCCUGGAACCAUGUCUUUUGCUGGCUCUGGUGACAAUAGCCGGACAUCGCACCUUUUUAUUUCCUAUGGAUCAGCACAGUCACUGGGAAGAGAGAAAUGGGAGACCCCCAUUGGGGAAGUCAUUGAAGGCAUGGAACAUGUGGAAUCAUUUUAUUCGUACGGAGAUAUGCCUCCUUGGGGUAAAGGGCCCGUCCAAGGAAAAAUUUAUAGUGGUCGCUCCUACAUAGAAGACAAUUUCCCAAAGACUGACAGCUUUAUUCGGUGUCGGACGGAGCGAUUGAAUACGGUGGACGAUGACGACGACAAGAUUGUGCUGAAGUCAGACCACAAAACAGACGAGGAGAAUUUUGCUGCUUCGCUCGCUAAGCAAGAAGCGGGCGCCAUCGGCAAGCUGCGAUUGAAUUCGCCAUUGAAAAACAUUCAGGAUGGGAAUGGAGAUAGCCUCAUCCUGAUAGCCGUGAUCAUUUGUUUUCUACUGGGAUUGCUUUUCGUCGUUCUCCGCUUGCUCAGCAAUCGAAAGAAUAAGGCAGCCAAGACAUCAUAA